AUGUCAAAACGCAAUUCUCUCAUUUCUUCAUAUCCGUCCUCAUCUCUGAGACAGUUUCCGAAUCAAAGCCUCAUCCUUUUUACCCUCCCCGAAGAAUUAUGGCUCAUGAUUAUUUCCUUUGUAGAUUAUCAUUCUCUUUGUGCAUUGGAAAAGACAUGCAACUUUUUUCGAAAGGAACUUUUAAAUCGGGAUGGAUUUAUGAAAUUAUUAAUUAAUAAUUUAGUGUUGAGCAUGAUGCACAGCAGUAAUCAAAAUAGCGAAAAAAUUCAACACAUGUUUGAUGAUGAUGAUGAUGAAUUGUACGAACAAGAAGAGGAUUAUGUUUUUCAAAAUAAUUUUGUUUUUGAUAGCCAUUGUCAUGAAGAAACAGCUGAUUUAGUCAUUCGAGAAAUUAAGCAUGGACAUCGACAACGAUCGACUCAAAUUCUUCGAGAAUAUUUCUUUGAAAAAAUUAUGAAAGAAGAUUACCGAGAAAUUGAGAGAGAAUAUGUUAUGAAUUAUUUGGUUCUUGAAGAAUUUAAAUUUCAAUCGUUACGUGAUGUGUAUAUUGCGUGUCACUUGUUUAAUGUCAAUCCAUUUGUUUCAUGGAGAAAGAUUUUACCAACAGCUAAAAAUAAUGAACAAUAUAAUGCCAUUCUCAUGGAAAAUGCCGAAGAAUUGUGUGGAUUAAGAAUUCAUUGGAAAGGAAUUGUCAUUCAAAAUUCAAAUGGAAUGCUCACGUGCUACUUGUAUGACGAUGAAGAAGAUUUGACAGAUUUAUUCAAUAUUGAACUCUCUGCAUUACCCAUUGUGAUCCUAAAGCACGUAAAAAAUCUCUCUGAUUUUAAAUAUUUGGACACUGUGGAAUUCAUUGCUGAAAUUGAGUCCAUGCCAGAUCAUGUUACAAGUAAUAGAAAUUUUCUUGGAUUUAUUCAAGGAGCUCACUCUGUUCUCGAUCAAUUCAGCUCCUCAAUUUCUCAAUAUAUACCUCACUAUAAUGCCCUUGAUAGGCUUUUGAAAUCAAAUUUAUAUGUCACUUUACGAGUGCAAGGAGAUGGAACAUUGAUUCGACAAGUUACCAAUAAUAACUUGGAAAAUAUUAAUCUCACCGUGACUCGAUAUACGAAACAAGCAAAUGCUCAAGAAAAUCAUGGACAAGUCAUACGUUGGAACGCACAAAUUAUUUGGAAAUUUAUAUUUGGCAGUCAUCGAUACCUACUUGUGAGAUGUUUCGAUUCUCAAAGUUCUCUCCUUUGUUGGGUCAAGUGUGAAAAGCAAAUCUCCUCCUCUUCUCUACCUUCUCCUGGAGAUUGUGUUUCUAUUAAGGCAUCCAUUAUUGGAAUCGAUUUUUGA